GUUAGUCUGUGCUGGGCGGAGGCGGCUGGAAGUCUGGGACUCCGUAGUGGUAAGAAACAGGCAGGCGAGAGCAUCGUAACGGUUUGCGCUUGGGGCUGACAGUUCCCAACAUACGGGGCUGCAGCCCCGACGGUGGGACCCUUACCUCCGGGAAAGCGGGUAGCCGACGUCCUGCCGGGCCUUUAGCCCAGCUCUUCGGCUCUAGAACCCCCAGGGUUAGGAGAGAAAGAUGGAGCGGUGAGGAAUUAAAAGAUCCGGUCACCUGGGUCUCCCUCAAGCCUCUUGAUUCUCUCACAAACUCUCUGAAGAAAUUGAUAAAGAAACUGAGGCACAAACAGAUAAGUGACUUGCCUAAGGUCACACAGCUUAAAGAAGAAAGAAAAACAUAAAUUGGUUGCCAUUUGUACAUGACCCAACCCAGAUCAAGCCUGCAAUCUAGUUUUUUUAUAAGGCUGAGAAAAUCACAAAGGACAUGUCAGUGAGUAACCAAGAUAUAGAUCCAGAUAGUACUACAGGUGUAGAAGAUGUUACAGAUGGUAAAGAAGAACUUAUUAAACAUUGUGAAGAAAUGUGGAAAGAUAUGGAAGAAUGUCAGAAUAAAUUAUCGCUUGUUGGAACCGAAACACUCACUGAGUCCAAUGCUCAGCUGUCAUUAUUAAUUAUGCAAAUGAAAUGUUUAACUGCUGAACUCAGUCAAUGGCAGAAAGAAACUCCUGAAAUACUUCCACUGAAUGAAGAAUUUCUGGUAUCAUUAGGAAAAGAAGAGUUUCAAAAAUUGAGACAUGAUCUUGAAUUGGUACUAUCUACUAUUCAGUCAAAGAAUGAAAAGCUAAAGGAAGACUUGGAAAGGGAGCAACUGUGGUUGGAUGAACAGCAGCAGGUACUCGAAUCUCUGAUGGUACUGCAUAGUGAAUUGAAAGAUCAGAUUGUGACAGUUUCAGAAUCAAGAAUCUUUAAUGAGCUGAAAACUAAACUACAUGAUAUAAAAGAAUAUAAGGAGAAACUAUUGCUUGCCUUGAGUGAGUUUCUGGAAGACCACUUUCCUCUGCCUGAUAGAAAUGUUAAAAAGAAAAAGAAAAAUACUCAAGAAUCAACUAUACAGCUGAUAACACUGCAUGAAAUAUUAGAGAUUCUUAUAAAUAGAUUAUUCGAUGUUCCACAUGAUCCAUAUGUCAAAAUUAGUGAUUCUUUUUGGCCGCCUUAUAUUGAGCUGCUCCUGCGAAAUGGGAUUGCCUUGAGACAUCCAGAAGAUCCAACAAGAAUAAGAUUAGAAGCUUUCCAUCAGUAAAAGGGUGGUCUCUUUUUCACAUAGUACUUAAAGAAUCUUGUCUUCAAAGAUAAUGGAAACACUGAGUAUUGCUUGGAUAAAGAACAUUAUUUGCAAGUAAAAGCACGUUGUCCAUAUUCCUUUUCUCCUUAAAAUGACACAUGCUGCCGUCUACUAUUUGCUUUAGAAACGGUCCUUUUACAUAUGGGUCAGUUCUUUGGUGUAUCAAACUGGAUGGACAAGGAUGCAAGUAAAAAUAUUCUAGACUUAAUCAUUAUAAAAUAUUUAAUAUACCUAACUUUUGAAAUAAUCUUUGGGAAUUUCUUUGUUAAAUUAUGAUAUUGCUAAUGUCAUAAAUUUUUUUCUAAAUGUAUGAGUUUCUUUUGUGCAUUUUUCUGCUACUUACCUCCUUUACAUUUAGGAAUUAUUAUUGAAAGGCCACUUAAUAUGGAGAUGGUUUCAAAAUUGACUUAAUAUCUGUUGUAGAAUGAAGCAUAAUUCAAAAGCAUUUAGUAAAUCUAUUCCAUGAAUACUGCCUUAUUUCUAGAUUUGUUAAAAACUGAAAUAUUAAAAAAUGGCUAAAGGUAGUAGACAGAAAAUUCAUUUAAUGUGUAUGUAUCAUAUAUCAAGUAAUAUAUCUUAAAUGACUUUUGAUUCUGUUAAUUAUUACUAAUGAAAUUGUAUUCAUAAAAUGGUGUUAAUCUUUGUGACUUUUCUAUAAAUAAAAUUCUCUUUUCUUAAAA